GCUAGCUAACCGCUUAAGUUUUUCCGGGAUCAAACAUGCAAAUAUAGCGCUAACCAGACGAGGAGCAGACAUGCAAGAUAUCGUCGAAAAUAUACGGACGGCUAUCGAGCACGGCCGUACUGAUAUAAUAAGAACAUUUUUAGAUGCGUGUGAGAAUGGAAACGCGGGUGAGGGUAUCACACGAGAAAAGAUACUAAAUGAACCCAUGUUAGAGGAUGGAACAUUUCUCUGCUAUGCUUCAAAGACAAACCAAGUAGAUGUUGUUCGGACCUUGUUGAAUUGUGGUGCAGACCCAGCAAUCCAAAACUCACAAGGAUUCAAUGCUGUUGACGUAGCAUCCAGUGAUGUCAUACGACGCAUUUAUGUAGAGGAGCUAUUAACAGCUACUGCUGCAUCUGAGGUCAGUAGGGUCAUUCAGUUGUUAUCAGCAGGUAUUAAUAUAAAUUCUUGGGAUUCUGAGGGAAGUAAAAAUACUCCAUUACAUUGGGCAGCAUGUUACGGCAAUAAGGAUAUCAUCACGUGCUUGAUAGAACGUGGAGCUGAUGUUAAUUCUGAAAAUGGUUGCGGGGCAACGCCCUUGCACGAUGCAGUGAAUCGUGCUGAUGUCAGUAUUUGUCAAGAACUAUUACAAUACGGUGCAAAUCCUCUUGUACGAGCUGUCAAGGGAAAAUUUGCUGGCAAAACUCCAUAUGAUCUGGCUCGUAGUAAGCCUGUGUUAUAUGGACUACUGCAAAGUUUCGUAUCAAGUUCUGUAUCUCAGGAGGGUGAUGCAAUGCACAGUCCUAAUGGAUCCUUCACAGAAUCGAACUUUCCCAAUCCAAAAACUAUCACGUCCAAUGUCAGUCAACUAUCUAUUGAUUCCAUAAAGUCGUCUGAUCAACUGUACGAUAUUCCUGUGCGAGAACCCAGUAGCGAAAGUCCGGUCAGAAGUAUAGCAGAUAAAGAAGGUAUUUAUGGUCUUAUCUGGCCAGAGCCAAAAACUGUCCUAGAACUUGGACCCUUAUCACCUCCGUUUAUCGCUGGAAAGGAACUUUUUAUAUCGAUAAUACAAGGUAGUGAAUCCAUACAUAAAAUACUGGACGUUUGGGAAAUCAGCAGGACUCAUUUACUGGAACUGGGAUACGACGUAAAGAUCGGUGAGGUCCAGCCAGGUUCUGGAAGGUCUCUUGGUGAUAAUCGAAUAGAAUGCAUAGUGAAUAGAAAAUUGUUUAACGUCGCGGAUGGUUAUCAGCUCCACGUAUCUCAAAAUUCGAUAAAAGUAAGUGCUGGUAGUCUUGCCGGCUUACAUUAUGCUGUCUGCACGUUUGUUCAGAUAUUGCGUUUGAGUAAAAAUCAAAAUAAAUCCGAGGUGUGCGAAAUUGAGGCGGUUCUGAUAAAAGAUGAGCCUCGGUUUAAACACAGAGGGAUACUCCUGGAUAUUUCACCAAGAGGUCGAAUACCGACUUUGGACUACUUAUUACAUACCAUUGAUCUAUGGUCGUCAUUCAAAGUAUCACAUUUGCAUUUGUAUUCAAGACUCACACCCAGUUGCGAUUGGCAACUUUGUUAUUCGAGAUCAGAAAUGGUCACGCUAGAUCGUUACUGCAGAGAUCGACAUUUGGAUCUGGUACCAGCACUAGAUGUUGAUUCUAACGUCAGUCAAAGGCAUCUUACACAAAUGUGGCCUGUUUUUCAAGAACUUCUUGCUACCUUUCCGAGUCUAACUUACGUUCAUGUUGGACCUAGAUUAGCUAGUCUUCUAGUACAACCAGAGAGUCUUGAUUCAAGUCUAUCUAUUAAUGAGACUGUCGAGACAGAUAUGUCUGAAGUAUUUAGGUCGUACACGUGCCUCCAGGAACUUUGGCAUAUUCUCAGUUUAAAUUCAGACACCACCUUGUUACUGUGUUCUAAUGGUUUACAUUCCAAGCCAGAAUUCCGCAGUGUCCCAAGUAACGUGGUCUUGGUGGAAUAUGGAUUUCAGGCAGACUAUGAUUUUUCUGAAUGGACAGAGGCUUUUAAAAUUGCUGGUGGCAACGUGUUACCCAGUUCCGGAACUGCUAGUUACAAUAGUUUGGGAGGAUGUCCAGCAUCUACCUACGCCAAUACAAAAAAUGCAAUAAAAACUGCUUUGGAACAAGAUUCUAUUGGUAUAGUAGUUGCGCACUGGUCUGGAAGUCAUCAUUUGACUCCACAUCCAUUCGCUUGGGUAGGUUAUUUGAUUGGAGCUGGUAUGGCAUGGAAUCCAAAUACCGAAAUAGAGCUAGGGUGUUUUGAGAAUUUUGAAUCUAAUCAAUCACCUGGAACACCAAGGCAGCAUCAGCGAUCCGUAACGCAAUUACUGGACACCCACGUGUUUCAAGAUUCAGAAAGUAAAGUUGGAUGCGCUGUAAUGGAAUUGGGUCGAGUUGAUACCCUGGUAUUGACUCUGAGCAAAAAUCAAGGAGCAAAUGAUUUAAAACAAAUUCCCGAUAAUCGGGGAUCAACGCUCUAUAGAUUACUUACUGAUCCUGAUAACGUUAAUUUGGAAUAUCUGUCUGCAGAUUUAUUUAUGAAAAUGACUAAACAAAUCAAACGAGUAGCACAUUCCUUAUAUGAAGGAAAUCUUACAUCAAAGUUUGCUUCGAUGGAGUUGCAAGAGCUUCAAUUGACAGCUGAUUUAAUGUUAACAGCAUGUCGAAUUGGUAGAACAUUGAUCGGAGUUGGUGUCAAUCCAAAUAGUAAUAUGGGCCUUGCAGUCAUUAACUUGGGUGUUUGCAAUUUACCACCCACCUUCAGAACGGACAUAGCAAACAAAAUGCUAGCACAUAUAGAACAGUACAAGGGUGCAUGGUUGCAGCGUCAUUUGCCUCAAGGCCUACAAAGUUCUUUGCUGGUUUUGACUAGUGCUUUGCACAGAUUUGUACCGGAAACUUAAACUUUCUUUGACAUUAAAUUUAAAAGUGGGUCAUGACUUUAUGAAAGUUCCUGUAUCUGAAGAAUUCGCACAAUAUAGUGGCGUUUGUCUCAAAGCAUACUAUUUUGUGCAACAAUACAGACUGAUUUCUGUUUUAAUUAUGUCAUUCUUAAUGACCAACUACAUAAUCUUUUGGACUUCAGUCCACAGUGCGACAGUAAUAUGUAGUUCAUAUGUCAUGGAAUAACAGUGCAUUUAUUAAACGAGUCAUGGUAUUAUUUAUUAAA